UUGCCGCUAGUAUGGAACCAGACUUUGAUGGACAACAAGUACUACAUGUUCGGGUUCUCUCGGUUCGCACUGUGCACGUUCUACGUCACGGACUUGGUUCUGGUGUGGGCAGACACGCCUGCCACGGAGGACAUAUAUAAAAAGGCCUUGGAGCGUGGAAUCUCCGGCUUUGACGAGGAAAAGCGUAGCAUCUUGAUGUGCAACUUGGCCGCGGCCGUCUCCGAAUCGCCCUCGCACAUUCGCUUCUCCUGCCCCUCCCUGCAAACGAUCGCCGCAGAGGUCAAGCUCAGCGAGAACCUAUCGUGGUCUUUCAACGCUGACCUAUGCGACUCGAGAGUUUCCUCGGACUUCUUCCGGGGCCUCUGUUGCCAAAGCCUUGCCAACCAUGGCUUAUCGCUAUACAGAGGGUUCCAGAUGGAGAACAUGAUCCGUACACGAGACGAAUAUAUCCUCUACUUGGAGGAGAACUAUAAGACAGUAAACGGGACCGAGCUUAUGUCCAAAUAUCGCAGGCAGCACGCUGGUUCUGCCAGCAUCUUGCUGAGGUACUCGAAGGAA